AUGCAACGGCGGUGGGUUUCAUGGAACGUGAGGGGGUUGGGUAGAGCAGAAAAAAGGAGGGCCGUUGUUGAAGCUUUGAGUGGUUUGAAACCGGAAAUUGUUUUGGUCCAGGAAUCAAAACUUGAUUCUAGCCGUGUCAAGACUGUUGAGGCUUUCGCAAACGCUGUCAAAAUGGAUUAUGUGUCUGUAGAUGCCGUAGGAUCCGCUGGUGGUCUAAUUUCUCUUUGGAACCCUGCUAGUUAUGCUAUGGAAUCAGCAGUAAAAAAUGUUAGAUUCAUUGGGUUGCUGCUGAGAGCACUAGUUGAUUCCUCGUUGCUGUUCAUUAUGAAUGUGUAUGGCCCUAAUGUCGAUAGUGAGAGGUAUGAUUUCUUCAAUCUAUUAUCUGAAGCACUGAGUCUGAAUAAUUGCUUCUGCAAAAUUAUGGGAGGGGAUUUCAAUGCCAUUUUAAACGAAGGGGAGAGGAUUGGGAUACAGAUGGGAGUGGAAAGCUCCUUCUCUGAUUUUGUAGCUGAUUCCAAUCUUAUUGAUCUGCCCCUCCAAAGUGAUAAAUUCACCUGGUACAGCUCCCGAGCCGGUGGACUAUGGAGUCGAAUAGACAGGUGGUUAGUCAGUGAAGAUGCAAUCAACAAAUUUGAUGGGAUAAGCCAAUCGGUGGAAAAUUGGGGCCUAUCCGAUCGUAGGCCGAUUAUUCUAUCCUUGGGAGCGAUCAAUUUUGGUCCCAAACCUUUCUUGUUCUACAACCAUUGGUUGUUAGAUAAAGAAUUCGAGAAACUCGUGUCUGACUGGUGGUGUUCAGCAACUACAGUAGGUUGGUCCGCCUUUGUGCUUCAGCAAAAGUUAAAAGGCUUGAAAAAUAGGAUCAAAGAGUGGCAAGGCUAUGCAAGCUCAGUGAGCAGAGUUAGGAUAAACACAAUAGAGGCUGAUUUACAGGUCACAAUGGACAGGUUAGCAUCUGAAGAGCCAGGGAUCGAGCUCAGAAAGAAUCGGCUUACUAUCCUUGAAGGGCUUUGGCAAGAAUAUAGGAAAGAAGAGUAUCGAUGGCGACAAAAAGCAAGGGUUAGAUGGCUGCGUGAAGGGGACAGAAACACAUCCUUCUUCCAUUCUAUUAGUAAAAUUCGGAAGUCCAAAAAACUUAUUUCGCAGCUAGUGGUGGGGGUGUUUCUAUUGAAGACCCAAAUAUGA